AUGUUGACCAUCAACUAUGAGCGCGAGAGAGUUAUAGAUUUCACGACGCCCUUCAUGAAUCUGGGUGUAAGCAUCAUUUUCAAGAAACCUGAAGACAAGGAGCUUGCCCUCUUUGCCUUCCUUCGUCCUCUCUCGCCCCCUGUUUGGGGCUAUGUAAUAAUAGCAUACGUUGGCGUGAGUAUGGCGUUAUUCUUUGUGGCUCGCUUCAGCCCCUAUGAAUGGCGUAAUCCUCAUCCCUGCAACGCAGAUUCCGAGGUGCUUGAGAACAGCUUCAAUAUGCUCAACAGUCUGUGGUUUACACUCGGCUCAUUGAUGCAAAAAGGCUCUGAUAUUCUGCCUCGGGCUACAUCGACUCGCAUCGUAGCUGGAUUCUGGUGGUUCUUCACCCUCAUCAUAAUUUCUUCGUAUACGGCCAAUUUGGCCGCCUUUCUGACAGUGGAGCGCAUGAAAGCACCCAUUGAGGACGUACAUGACUUGGCCAAACAAACUAAAAUCAAGUACGGUACGCGCGAGGGUGGAUCCUCGGCUGCAUUUUUUGAAAAAUCCAACCUCAGUGUUUACCAACGUAUGUGGCAAUUCAUGUCUUCCAACAAAAAUGUCAUGAUGAAUAGCACGAAAGAGGCGAUUGCUCGAGUCAAGCGUGGUGGUUACGCCUACAUUCUGGAGUCCUCGGUAAAUGAGUACUACACCCAACGCAACUGUGAACUCAUGCAAGUUGGCAACAACCUCGACUCUAAGGGGUACGGCAUCGGAUUUCCACAAGGUUCCAAAUAUCGUGACUCCUUCUCCGAGGUGAUACUCCAACUACAGCGCUCCCAAGCGCUCGAACAGAUGCGGAGGUAUUGGUGGGGUAAUUAUAGCAUCGUCGAGCCCUGCCACGAUCAGCCGAAAAAGAGUGCCGACGCGACCUCGUUGGGUGUUGAAGAAGUGGGAGGCUGUUUUGUCAUGGUUCUGAUCGGAAUGGCUGCAUCCUUCCUCGUCGGUCUCGUAGAAUUCCUUUACAAGGCACAUCAAAGGUCAAAGAUCACAAAGGCAAGUUCAUACACCUUCCUUCCUAUGUUUAACCUGGGCAAGUUUAUGUGGCCGGCAUAA